AUGGAGGCCAUGGACAUCUCCCUCCUUCCCCCGGAUGGAGACGGGAAACUCUCCAACCCUUACCUCCGGCGGAAGCUGGAAACGGAGAAGGAGCUCCUUCGACAGACGAUCCAGAAGGAGCAGAAAAUCAAGGAAGGGGCCGAAAACCUGCGCCGGGUCACCACCGACAAAAAGACGUUGGCCCGCGUGGAGAACAUACUCAAGUUGUCCAACCACAAACUGAAGCAGCUGCACAGUGAGCUGGAGGACCUCGACGCCCGGGUGGCUAGAGCAGAGAAAGAAGAGGAGAGGACAGGUGGAACGGUGUCCUCCGGCGACUGUCUCGGGGAGAAAACGCUGAGCCCGGGGGCCAGGAGACUCGAGGCUUUGAAAAAGCAGCUUCAGAUCGAGCUGAAAGUGAAGCAGGGCGCGGAGAACAUGAUCCAGAUGUAUUCGGGGGCGGCCAAGGAACGGAAGCUGCUGGCUAUGGCUCAGGAGAUGCUGCAGGACAGCAAGACCAAGAUCGCUCUGCUCCGGAUGCAGAUGGUCAAGAUGUCCCGAUCCUUAGAGGGGACGGAGUCUGCUCUGGAGCAAACGGGAAAUGGAGGACCGCUCACCCCUCUGGAGCUUCAGGUGGAGGAACUGCGCCAUCGCCUGCGUGUGGAAGCUGCCGUGGCCGGCGGGGCCAAAAACGUGGUCAAGAUUCUGGGCGGGCGGCGGGUACAGGACCGGAAGAUGCUGGCCGAGGCCCAGGCUUGCCUGCAAGAAUCUGCGCAGAAGAUCGACCUGCUCAGACUUUCCCUGGAAAACCUUCUCGGCAAGCUGGGCCCGGAUCACCCUAAGCGAGCGCUGGUGAAGCAGGAUCUGGUCCACGCGUUCUCCCUGGGUGCUUCGCCGGGUAGCGGGAUUCAGCCCCUUCUGUCCUGGAUCAAGCCAACGGCUCUCACGGGCACCCUGGAAGUGCGAUUGAUGGGUUGCCGAGAUUUACUGGAAAGGGUCCCCGGCCGUUCCCAGGUGGCGAGCGCCACGCCCCUCUACGGAAGCCCCAGCGCCUCGAAGCCCUUGACUCGUAGCUGGGUUGCCAUGAACCGUCCCGGCCGCGGCGCCGCGGGAAAAGAAGUCCCGCCCGAGGACUCGUGCAGAGAGGUCCUUGCCGUGCUCAAGGUAGACAACAGGAUGGUGGGCCAGACGAACUGGGCACCAGUUCAUCAGCAAGCCUGGGACCAGUUCUUUGUCAUUGACCUGGAAAGAUCUCGAGAGCUGGAAAUCUCCGUCUACUGGCGCGACUGGCGGGAGCUGUGCGCCGUGAAAGUCUUACGCCUGGAGGACUUCCUGGAUAACAGCUGCCAUGGCAUUGAGCUGGAGGACCUCGACGCCCGGGUGGCUAGAGCAGAGAAAGAAGAGGAGAAGACAGGUGGGACGGUGUCCUCCGGCGACUGUCUCGGGGAGAAAACGCUGAGCCCGGGGGCCAGGAGACUCGAGGCUUUGAAAAAGCAGCUUCAGAUCGAGCUGAAAGUGAAGCAGGGCGCGGAGAACAUGAUCCAGAUGUAUUCGGGGGCGGCCAAGGAACGGAAGCUGCUGGCUAUGGCUCAGGAGAUGCUGCAGGACAGCAAGACCAAGAUCGCCCUGCUCCGGAUGCAGAUGGUCAAGAUGUCCCGAUCCUUAGAGGGGACGGAGUCUGCUCUGGAGCAAACGGGAAAUGGAGGACCGCUCACCCCUCUGGAGCUUCAGGUGGAGGAACUGCGCCAUCGCCUGCGUGUGGAAGCUGCCGUGGCCGGCGGGGCCAAAAACGUGGUCAAGAUUCUGGGCGGGCGGCGGGUACAGGACCGGAAGAUGCUGGCCGAGGCCCAGGCUUGCCUGCAAGAAUCUGCGCAGAAGAUCGACCUGCUCAGACUUUCCCUGGAAAACCUCCUUGGCAAGCUGGGCCCGGAUCACCCUAAGCGAGCGCUGGUGAAGCAGGAUCUGGUCCACGCGUUCUCCCUGGGUGCUUCGCCGGGUAGCGGGAUUCAGCCCCUUCUGUCCUGGAUCAAGCCAACGGCUCUCACGGGCACCCUGGAAGUGCGAUUGAUGGGUUGCCGAGAUUUACUGGAAAGGGUCCCCGGCCGUUCCCAGGUGGCGAGCGCCACGCCCCUCUACGGAAGCCCCAGCGCCUCGAAGCCCUUGACUCGUAGCUGGGUUGCCAUGAACCGUCCCGGCCGCGGCGCCGCGGGAAAAGAAGUCCCGCCCGAGGACUCGUGCAGAGAGGUCCUUGCCGUGCUCAAGGUAGACAACAGGAUGGUGGGUCAGACAAACUGGGCACCAGUUCAUCAGCAAGCGUGGGACCAGUUCUUUGUCAUCGACCUGGAAAGAUCUCGAGAGCUGGAAAUCUCCGUCUACUGGCGCGACUGGCGGGAGCUGUGCGCCGUGAAAGUCUUACGCCUGGAGGACUUCCUGGAUAACAGCUGCCAUGGCAUGUCCGUCAGUCUGGAACCUCAAGGGACCCUCUUCGCAGAGAUAACGUUCAAGAACCCCGUGUUUGAGACCCGCUCCAAGCUGCAGCGCCAGAAGCGCAUUUUCCCGAGACAAAAAGGGAAGGAGUUCCUCCGAGCCUCGCAGAUGAAUAUCAACAUUGCCACCUGGGGGCGCUUGAUGAUGAGCUUCCUGCCACCCUGCAGCUCCCUAAAUACCCUGAGCCCGCCUUUUCGGGUCCCCGCGCAUCCGAACAGCACCACGACAGCCCCUUCUGAAAGUCCGGGAGCUUCCUCGGCCAGCCGUGCGCCGGUGGCGAAACUGGCUUUUGACGAUCAGCCUCCUCCCAAACCGCCGCGCCUCUUCCUGCACACGUUUCCCAAAGGCCUGGACCGGUCUCUGACGGAGCACGGGAGUCGGAAGAAGCUGCCCGGAGACGAAUGGACGCAAGAAGCCAAUCGGGUCCCGGCCAGAAAGAAGACACUUGGUUUCAACAGCUUCUCCUGCAUCGCCGUCUUGGGACGUGGGCACUUCGGCAAGGUGCUGCUGGCUCAUCACAAAGCCUCGGGAAAGCUCUGCGCCAUCAAAGCGCUGAAGAAGCACGAGAUUCUGAGCCGAGACGAUGUGGACAGCUUGAAUUGCGAGAAGCGCAUCUUUGAGGUGGUCAACUCCUCCGGACACCCGUUCCUGGUCCACCUGUUCGCCUGCUUCCAGACCGCGAGCCACGUCUGUUUCGUCAUGGAUUACGCCCCCGGCGGGGACCUCAUGAUGCGCAUCAGCCUCGACAACUUUCCGGAGCACGAGGCGCGGUUCUACGCAGCCUGCGUGGUCUUGGGGCUUCAGUUCUUGCACGAGAAAAAGAUCAUUUAUCGGGACCUGAAAAUGGACAACUUGCUUUUAGAUGCCGAAGGUUUUGUGAAAAUUGGUGAUUUCGGGCUCUGUAAAGAAGGAAUUGGGUUCGGAGACCGAACCAGCACCUUUUGUGGUACGCCCGAGUUCCUGGCGCCGGAAGUCUUGACGGAUCCCUCGUACACCCGGGCCGUCGACUGGUGGGGGCUCGGGGUGCUGAUUUUUGAGAUGCUGGUGGGAGAGUCCCCCUUUCCAGGUGACAACGAAGAGGAGGUUUUCGAUAGCAUCAUCACCGAGGACGUGCGUUACCCACGAUUCCUUUCUGUGCCCACCACCUCCCUUCUGCGCCAGCUUCUCCAGAAGUGUCCGGAGCGGCGUCUCGGAGCCGGCAUUGACGACGCAGAAGAGAUUAAAACCCAUCCCUUUUUCAAGGAGGUUGACUGGGGCGCCUUCCUGUCGCGGAGGAUCCGGCCCCCGUUUGUCCCUGCCUUGAAAGGAUCCACCGAUGUCAGCAACUUUGACAAAAUCUUUACCUCCCAGAAGGCCAUCUUGACCCCUCUGGAUUAUCUCCCGCCUUUGACCGCGAAGGAACAGGCCAGGUUCAAAGAUUUUGACUUUGUCUCCAGACACUUUCUAGAAAACUGAGGAUGAUGAAGAUUCCCCCCGCCCCGCCUAGGCUCUGUCUUUAAAAAUCCACUGCUCUCUGCUCCACCUGCGUGGCUGCCGAGCAUCCGAUCCGGCUUCGGGAAAAGGGGGAUGUGGAAGGAUUGGUAUUUUGCCAGCGUUGUUUUUGUUUUUGAAUGGCUAAGAUAGUCUUAAAAACAAAAAAAGGAUGAUUGUUUUUCAGGGGGGCACGCAGGGUGUGGCAUGUCUUUUCCAGCUGCUGGUUGGAUAAGGGUCGAAGUCCAAGCCGGAUAUUAUGCCGAAGACCUGCCAGUAAUUAAUUUUUAAAAAUCAGCUUUUCAUAUGGCACCAACGUCUGACCCCGUUGUGUUGAGAAACAGAAAGAAAUUAGUAUUUCCCCCGAGCUUCUCCUUCAUCUUAUCCCAGCUGGCCAUUUUGCACAUUUUCGUGAAAAGGUGGGACACCUUUCUGGUUUGAGGAUGGUUGUGAGUUUAUGGGAUGCACGACCGGCGGGGAAGUUCUUGUUUCAGAAGAGUUUGCAGAGAUCCAGAGGGACAGCGAUGCGGAAUGCAGAAUACCAACCGCUGUUGUUGCUAUAUAUACGAAUGUGAAAAUAAUGGGGAGGGGGUGUUAAGCGAAGGAAAAAUCUGGAUCUUUCUAGAAACGGAGGUCAUUUGGUGCCUGCCGAGGGAUCGGGAAGGGGUGGAUGGAGUUUUUUGAGACUGGGUUGGAAAACUUGAGCAACCCCAUCAGAAUCUGGGGAAGGAUAAAGGAUGGAUCUCGGAAACAGGGGGGGUCUUUAUUUUCAAGAAGGGAGGGUGGAGGUGCCUGAAACAGCCAAACAGUGAGAGGAGGGAGGGAAUCUACAGGUGUGGGGUGCGCCCCCCUGAUCCAACCGGCCGGCUCAAUUGCGGCGCACGGGACGGUCUUUUCCCCACCCAGGGGGGCUCCCCAGCUGUUUCAGAGGGUCAAGGCUUCUGGGUUUUGUAGUCCAGCACCGACUGUAGGAUCCAGGUUGGGAAAAAGCGGAUGUUGGUAUCAGCACGCUCAGUUGGGGGCCCUAACCAGCAGCAUCGGCAGGCUGGGGCAGAGGACGUCACCCCGGUUCAUGCCUCUGCCCCACAUGGAGGGGGGAAUGACAAGAGAAAGGGUCUUUUGUCUUGCCGCGUCUUCACUGGGCUUCCAGGGAAGAAUUGUGCAUUGUGCAUUGUGCAUGCCAUUCCGGAGCUUUUCGACCGGGGAGGGCGUUUGAAAGAGAUUCCUUUGUCUUCUUCUGCGUUACUUCUGUCUUCCCUUUGUGAAUAGCCUUGAAUGUUCUCCCAUUGCUGCUCUGGUGGAAGUCGUGACUCCUGCGAUGCUCUCCCCCCACCUGUCUUUUUGGGUUCCCAAGGCUGCCUUCCUGGGUCCUAGAUCGUUGGGCUAGCGCUCCCAUGAUCCACAGCCUUCUGGCCAGGGAUGAUGGGAGCUUUAAUCCAGUACUGCCGGCGAGCCCCUUAUAUUUGAAAAAUGUUCAUAGAAGUCAUUAAUGUGCGUAUCUACUGUUUUCGGUGAAUUUCUCUGGAUGAAAUGCCAGCAGUGGAGUGAAAAUUAUAUGUAUAAUUUUUUGUGUGUUUAUAUAUAUAUAAAGAUGAGCAGAGCUGAAGAGAACAGCUGAACGAUCUCACCCCAGAGAGGAAAAGCGAAACACACACAUGUACCAAAAGGUGUGAAGUCUGUUGUGUCGUCCUCUAACCACAUAUUUAAAAUUAAAAUUGUAUUUCGCAGGAAAA